AGCCCGUGACGAAAGCAGUGAGGGUAUAAAGCGCGCACCUGGAGACUGCGCUCGGGCAUCUGUCGUGAGGAGGAAAGCUCAGAAACCGGCCACGUAGCCACAGCAAACGCAACAUGUCCGCCAACUUUUGCGUGUUCUGCCUCUCCUCGCUCCUGCUUUUGAACUUUAUCGGGGCCAAACCGCUCUCCGAGUUACAGGAGAGCCUUAAGGAGCUCUUUGGAGAGGACCAAACUGCGAACGCGCCUUUCCUCGGACCGGAGUCGGAGUCGUCGUCGGAGUCGGAGCGGGGAGGUGGGACAGCGGAGCGUCGUGCACUAAGUGGAAGCGACUGGACCGUCGGGGAGAUCAGCAGCGCGCUCGCUGCUAAAGAGAACGCGCUGGAUCGCCUCAUCGGGGACAUCCUGUCCGUGUCCAAACGCAGUCGCUUUAAAAAAGGUGGCCUAAGGAGCUGUUUUGGUGUUAGGCUAGAGCGCAUCGGAUCAUUCAGUGGUCUCGGAUGCUAGAAGCGUCAGGAGCAGAUUAUACUGGAACAGGGCACUGAAACUCCUUACUUGAAAUCCUUGGGCAGGGCACAUGUCUUAUUAUUAUUACUGUUAUUAUAAUUUUUUUUUUAAACGUAACUUUAUUUUAAAAUAUGGCCAUGUUUACAGCUGUGCGCAGCGCAUCAUCUGCUGAGUGUUAUUUAUUCUGUGGUAAAUGUGUAGAAUUGUAUAUAAUCUGUUUUUUAAAGCUGGUCAUCUAAAGCUUUUACUGCUUCUUGUGUGUAUGUAUUUAUUUGUUGUCCAAAUUCAUGUUAUAGACUCAAUGGUGUGG